CAUACAUGCAGGUCCAAAAUAAAAAUAAAAUGGUCACCACCAAAGUUCCUGCACUUUGCAACUUUGAUUUCAGCAUUAUGUUGACUUUGGAAGCUUGGAUUUCUCGGGCAAUGUAGCUGCUAGCUAGCUAGCAAACCAAGUGGCUAUUUAAUACGAUGCCUUCAAUACCCUCUGAUCAGAAUUCCCGUUUUAAUAAUGUCUUUGCACUCUUCCAUGUGACAUCUCUAACAAAAGUUCCUUUACUACUAAAACUCAAACUACUUUCUUGGUGGCUUCACUGAGAAUUUUGAAUUCUCAUUCUUUUCUUCUGAGAUCUCAUCUCAGAUCCAUUUUAUUUUACAAACUUGGGUCCUCUCCCCCCAUUGUCCUACCACACCUGCUCCUCAGUACUGAAAUUCUUUAUUCUCAUAAUUCCCAUCAAAAAAUCUUUUUUUGCAAUCAUUAUGCCAUGACAAAUAGCUUUUUUGUUUAAAAGCUUUUCUUUGCAAAUUAUUAGAUUAUGUACAACUGGAAAUAAAAAAAAAUUAAGAAAAAAAACAAAGCAAAUAAAGACCAUGGAUUAUUCUGUUUUGUAUAGCUCUACUCAGUGAAACUCAUACCAUACCAAUACCAUCUUUUGAGCAAUUUAACUGUUGUUUGUUUGUCAUUUCAUUUGUUUCAGCUCCGAACCCUGCAGUAGAGUAUGCUGUGUUGUGUGUGACUAACCAAACCAAUCUCUAUCUUAGUAAAAGUAUUUUAGCUUCAUAACAUGAAGAACUUGUGGCUUUGUUUCAGUUACUUGUUUCCUGCAAUCAUUCUUGUUCUGCUUACUCCUUCCUCAGUUGCACAGCUAUCAUCAAGUGAGGGUAGAAUUCUAUUCCAAGUUCAGAAGCUUCUUGAGUAUCCUCAAGCUCUUCAAGGAUGGACAAGAUGGACCAACUUGUGCUUCCUCCCUCCCUCACCUUCCCUCAAGAUUGUUUGCUCCAAUGGUCAUGUCACAGAACUUACAAUCAUUGGAAACAAGACCUCUCCAUCUUCACACAACCCCAAAGCAGGUGCUUGGACUUCCCUUCAGACACUGUCUGAAAGAUUCUCCAUUGACUCUUUCUUCACUGUCAUGACAAAGCUUUCAAAUUUGAAGGUGUUGUCCUUGGUGUCUUUGGGUUUGUGGGGUCCUUUACCAGCCAAGAUCAACAGGUUUUGGUCCUUGGAAGUGCUUAACAUUAGCUCAAAUUUCAUUUAUGGGGGAAUUCCACAAUCUCUAUCCUCUAUGAGGAAUCUAAGGAGUCUUGUUUUGGUUGAUAAUCUCUUCAAUGGAAGUGUUCCUGACCUCCAAAGGCUAACUUCUCUAGAAGAGCUCAACUUGGGAGGCAAUAAUUUGGGUGCUCAAUUCCCUUCAGUGGGAAAGAAUCUUGUCACUAUUAUGUUGAGAAAUAAUUCACUGAGAUCUCAUAUCCCUCCACAACUUGUGCACUUUGAUAAACUUCAGGUAUUUGAUGUGUCUUCCAAUAAUUUAUUUGGAAACAUCCCAUCCUUUUUGAUCUCUUUGCCUUCCCUUCAGUACCUAAACUUGGCUUCAAACCAUCUAAGUGGUAACCUCUCAGUGAAUAUGGCAUGUAGUUCUUCACUAACAUUUGUGGAUAUCUCACACAACCUUCUGGUUGGAAAAUUGCCAUCCUGCUUUGGUUCAGUGUCUUCAAAGGCCAAAGUGCUAUAUUCUGGGAACUGUUUGUCAACCGAAAAAAGGUUAAAUGAUCAACAGCAUCCAUUUUCUUUUUGCAAGAGAGAGGGAGCUUUGGCUGUUAAGCCUCCAGCUAAAAAUCUGAAGAAGGAAUCGGGUUCGGGUACAAAACUAGGCCUAAUGCUUGGAAUAAUUGUAGGAAUUGUACUAAUUGGAGGACUUCUGGUACUACUUGUUGUGUGCAUCUUUAGGAAGUCCAAAGCAGAAAGAUCACAUCCUAAACUGGACAAAUCUGUUGCUAAUAAAUAUUCUACCAGUGUAUCCCCCAGACCAAUUGGUACAAGACAUAUUCCACAGGCAAUGAAGCAAGCUGCAGUUGGACUGCCACCAUACCGUAUCUUCACAUCAGAGGAAAUUGAAGAUGCAACAAAUAACUUUGACCCAUCAAAUUUAAUAGAAGAGGGAUCACUGGGACAGCUAUAUAAAGGUUGGCUCAGAGAUGGUUCAGUGGUCCUUGUUAAUUGUGUAAAAAUAAAGCAGAAAGGUUUGCCCCACAGCAUCAUGCAGCAAGUAGAGGUAUUACACAAUUUGAGGCACAGGCAUACGGUGAGUGUUCUAGGACACUGCAUCAUUACUGAACAGGAGCAUCCCCAAACAACAAGCACAGUCUUCAUUGUGUUUGAGUACAUCUCAAAUGUGUCAUUGAGGGAUCAACUUUCAGAUGGGAGAAAGAGGGAAAUGCUGAAAUGGCCACAAAGAAUGGCAAUGAGCAUAGGCAUUGCAAGAGGAGUUCAAUUCUUACACACAGGAGUUGCUCCUGGCAUAUAUGGCAACAAUUUAAAGAUUGAGAACAUUCUGUUGGAUGAUAGUCUCAAUGCAAAAGUCAGUAGAUACAACAUUCCAUUGCCAUCCAAGAUUGCACAUAUUGAACAAAAUGCCACCAAUCAUAUUGGCAGCACAAACGAUGCAGAAAAGGAAGAUAUCUAUCAGUUGGGUAUUAUUCUACUUGAAGUUAUCACUGGCAAACAAAUUACAUCCUCGAGUGAAAUAGAGGAGCUGAAGGAAGAGCUGGAGAAUGGUUCAUCAGAAGCAACAUCAGUAAUUAGAAGCGCAAUUGAUCCUUCACUGAGGGGAACUUAUGCAUAUGAAUCAAUGAAAACUGCAGUUCAGAUCACCAUCAACUGUCUCUCCAAGGUUUCUAGUCAGCGCCCUUCAAUAGAGGAUGUUCUUUGGAAUUUGCAGUACGCAAUGCAAGUUCAAGAGUCCUGGACCAGCAGUGGAAACCUCAGCACAAAAUUGUAAACCACACUUGUCAAUAAAAAAAUGCUUGCUUACAUUUCCAUAUGUUCAUUAUCAUAAUGAAUAAAAUGUUGAUGUACAUAUGUAAUUUCUUUCAUAAGGCCCCAAAAUGCAAUUUGGCCUGCAUUUUUCCAUAUUAUUGUUGUUACUAAGGUUUUAUAAUACUUUGAAUUAGGUUCCUAUCAAAAUAUCAAUCCCUUGCUCCAUUUGAUUUC